AUGGAAAGCUUCAAAUUCAUCACUCCUGCCCGGGUCCGAGUCUUUCUAACGCCAGUCGGGGAAAUCAGUCCCCAAAACUUCCACCAUUAUGCAGAAAUUGUCAAGUCUGUCACGGAUAUCAGGCUACUUGACGUCUCACCUAUUCCCGAAUGCCGUCAUUUUAACCCACAAGAGUUUUCGCAAGGCAGGAUUUUCUACAACCCCUCGGUGGAACCAGAUGCUGACGACACGACUUUUCUUGAAGAUUUUGAGCCUUUCAGAAAAACGUUUAUCGUCAUCGGACUAGGGAUUCACCCGGCCUCUCCUCAGCAUCUGACCCAUACUCUAGCAUCCUUGAAGGCCGACCAUCCGGCUGCUAUAUCUCAUAACAUCAUCUACCAACAAUCGCUGACUGAAAAAAGCGAACUGCCGGAAAUUUUUCAUAUUAGUAAAGAGGCUGAAAAGAUCAGAACAAGUAUAGAGACCGUUCUUUGCGGUAUCACGAGAAACUUCUUAGUAUCUUUGGAUGAAUAUGCAUAUUCUUACGAGAGUAUCACGCUUCGAUCGCCUAUCUCUCUCAUGGAUAGCAGUGUCUUGACACGCACAAUCAACCUGGCACAAAAAAGACUCAGCUCCGGUCUGUCAUUCAAACCGCUGUUUGCCAAUGGCCAGAAUGUAACCUCAUCAGUCAAGGACCUGAAGGUCAAAUCUCUGCAACGUCAGACCGGGCGUCAAGCAAAGAUCAUGGGAAACUUCUUUCUUCUAGCUGGCCGCACACAGGACGCACUUCAAUAUUUCACUGAUGCCGCAAUCAACUCAAAGAAAUCAGAUGACUAUCUAUGGCUUGCAAGUGCGUUAGAGGGAAUUGCAGUCUCCGCAACAAUUCUUCUGCACUUGGGACUUCCUUUCCAAAUCCAGAAUCCAAUGUUCGCGUCUGUUCUCCACCUACCUAAAUCAAGAAACUCGUCUAUAAUGAAGAGCAACGGCAAAGUCUCCAUGGAAGACAUUGUCUCCAGAAAACGUAUUCUGGUAACAACCCCAAGAAACUCGACAAGCAGCUCCUUGAGCUUAGGUACACAUCAACUCGGCACAAUUAUAGAUGUAUCCCAAGUUCAAAUUAUUGAGUUUCUAAUACUUCUUACACUGAGGACCUCUCAUUACUAUAAACUUAGUACCUAUGAAGUGGAUGACUGUGUUCCAGACAUCGUCUAUGUUGAAUCCCUUUUGAGAAAUACCAAACUCAUGGUCACCAUAUACUUAUCCAGAUCGCGCAAUACAGUUCCUAUACUUGAACAGUUGGUCGGUUUUGAAUCAUUAAAUGGUCAGAAAGUCAGCGCGGAGUUUAAUUUACUGCAAAAAAAUAUUGUUGCCGAAAUGGAUCGGAUAUUUGCCUUGCAAUUGAACAAACUAGACAUUACUAAGCAAUGCCGAAUAUAUUGCGCAUUGGCAUCAAUAUAUCGUGACUUGGGGCUCUACAGAAAGUAUGGAUUGGUUAUUCGCCUUUUAUUGGACGUAUUACUUCCACAAGCUUCAUUUAUAGAGCAAAAUCUAACAUCUGGUGAAUUGGGAUCUGCGAAAUACCUUAAAGAUAUCAUAGAAACUCUACUCUAUAUCUAUCAUAUUGAUGAGAAGAAAGACACAAGCUGUCUCAGCCCGAAACAUAAUUCCAACUGGAUUGUGCUACAGCUCCUGCUCAUUAAAGUGUGUCUUCGCAUUGCCGAGGCAUUUCAAGAUUAUGCAACUUUGAUGAAGUUGUGUGUGCUUACAUUGAACAAAUUCACUCAUUGUCUUCCUGUGGAAGAUCAGAUCAAGUUGCGAGAUAAACUUUCAUGGUUAAACCUUAUCUCAGCUAAAGAGGCUGUCGACCUCCAAGCUCCGCACCCUGACCCUUUUAUUAUUCGAGAUGCCAAAUUUAUCGUGCUGCUGCGAUCCACUUCUCUUGUACCUUUGGCAUCUAAGAAUACUUCGGACUUGAAAUCCAAUUCUGUCUUUUUUGAUCCAUAUAACAAAGGCAUCAAAAAGGGAACAGCAGACAGAAUAAUCUGUCAAAAUGAAGUACAUCAAUUGAAAGUGGUGUUACAAAACCCAUUCUACUACGGUCUUGAUAUUCGAGCAAUGCACGUGGUCGCACAACAUGGGUUUAAGCUUGAAACUGUUGCAUCUUUGUUCAAGGUUGCUUCCAUAUCACAACUUGGUCAAAUGCAGAUAAUACCCGCCCAUGGAGGGAAAGGCUCCUCAAGAAAAAAAGAUACUGUUUUUGAUAACAAUGGAAUUACCUCAGGAAAGGGAUUUUCAAUUCCUCCGAUUUCGACUGCGGAAGUGAUCAUCAGCUUUAGGGCUUUGGAGCCUGGCUCUUUCCAUAUAACAGAAUUUGAAGUGGAUUUUGGAAACAAAUACUCGCAAUCGUUCUCCAUAAUUGAUCAGGAGAAAUACUCUGGUUUGAAUAAAUUGACAUAUUAUCGAGUCAACAUACCAAAUCAAUCAAGCCAGACCCUAGAGAACAUGUUUCACAAUUUACUGGUGGGCAACUUCGGAAAUCGGGCUACCAAAAAAAUUGUUUCUUUAACUGCCAUCACUUCUCAACCCACAUUAAGUAUUGUCAAGAACCAAAAACCGAACGAUUGGGUAAUGCUCUUAGAGGGAGAAGUUCAGAGCUCAUCAUUGAAGUUAAAAAAUUGUUCGAAUGAUUUGGUUAAUUAUUUGUCAAUUUCACCUUGGGACUCAACAGUUGAUUCAAUAAGCUCAAAGUUAAGUCUCAGCCAUCAAAACAAUCUCAAUGCAGCAGAAGUGUACGAACUUGAAUGGCUUUUAUUGGAAAGAAAAGCUUUGUGUGUGACAAAUAAGUCAGAAAUUGCCUCAGAAUACAAAGUAAUACCACCUGGAGGUGAGGUGGAUAUUCACUAUGAUAUUAUCGGGAAAUGUGGAAUGUCUGAACUGAAGCUAAUUCUCGAAUAUGGAAAAAGGCUUUCUGACACACAUGGGGAUUGCUUCUUGAAGAAAUUGAUUGUUCCCUGUCUGAUUUCUAUCCAUCGGUCAUUGGAGAUAACUGCGAGUAAUAUCAUCCCAUUGUUUUCAUCCACUUGGAAUGUGCUUUCCGAGUCUAACACCUCAAUUAUCGGGUGCCCAGCACAAGAAUCUUUGACUGAUUUGAACGAAUUUAUUUUGAGUAUCAGCGCAUCCUCUACAGAAGAUGUCUCUGACUACUGUUUAUUGGUCUUAGAUGUUAGAAAUUUUUGGAAAGACUGCCUAGUUGCCAAAAUUGCGAGCAAAUUGGGAACCAGACAUUUCCAGAUCGAGAAGUGCAUUUUGCCCAACAAAUCGGCAAAGUUGUUCAUUCCAGUUAGAAGAAUCAGAGGUCACAGUUUUGACCCUUUCAAAGCUAUCCCAUCGAUGCGUAAGAAACAAUUCGUGAAAGACUAUACUUUGAGUCGCGAAGAAGAACGACAAGUGAGACGAAGCUUUUGGGUCAGGGAAGAAUUGCUCAAGCUUCUUAGUGCUAGGUGGAAUACAGCUCCCGAUUCUUCCCAUAAAGAAGGGGAGAUAGAUCUUCGUCGGAUUAGGUUGAGUGCUCCAAUGACAAAUUCGCUACUAUAUGACGAUCUACUGAUAUUUCAUGAAGUUUUCUCCGAAGAUAAACCUGACAAAGCUUUCGGGACUGAAAACUCCAGACUUCAUUUGGAGAGAGAAAGGUUCUACAUUUUGCGUACUCGUGUGAUCAAUCAUACCACGCGCUCUAUCUCUGGAAUGCUCAGACAUAUCCCCUUUCCGUUGAAUGCACCCACGAAGCAUGAUUUAUUAAUCGACCAAAAGAUCCUUUACAACGGAUUUCUACAGUCUCACGUAAGCAAAAAUGCAAUCGGUCCUGGAGAAACUUACGAAAGAGAGAUUGGUUUUAUGAUCAUGGAAAAGGGACAGUAUGAGUGGGGUUGCGUGUUUGAUGUCUCAGGCGAACAACCAAAGAGAAUCAUUGGUAGAGAACCAGUUUACAUCAUUGCAUCAUAA